AUGGCAGCCAAGUGCAACUACGGUACGUUUCUCGGUGACGCUUUACGGGACCGGUUCGUCGCUGGGUUACGGAAUUCCACCAUUCAGACGGGUUUACUGAAGAGGAAGGAGCUGACGUUCGAAUCGGCCUGCGUUUUUGCUAAGAGCGUUGAGCUAGCGGAGCGGGAGUCGAGGGGAUUCCGACGAACUGCGAAUACGGAUGCCGACAUUCACGCUCUAAAGAAGACGGGGAAGAAACCGGAGUUUGCCAGCAAGCCGAAGAACAGUUCAAUGCAAAGCUGCUAUCAAUGCGGUCAAGAACAUGACGCCCGUUGCUGCCGUUAUCGUAAAUUCAAAUGCCAUCUUUGCAAGCGCGUGGGACAUUUGGCACGCAUGUGCAGAUGGAAGCAAGCAGCGCCUGGCACCGUCCACAACGUGAGUGACGAAGCGAGUGGAGGCACAGAGCUGCUGCUGCACGGUGUUUAUCUGGUGGGCACGAAACAACCAUAUGAAGUUGAAGUACAGAUAGCCGGCCAGCUUGUGAAGAUGCAAGUAGAUACGUGCGCAGCCGUAUCACUCGUUCCGGAAUGCGUUUACCGGCAGCUAAAGCAGCCGCCGCAGCUUGCGAAGUGCGAGAUGAAGCUCAAGACUUACGGCGGAGCGACGCUACAAGUGAAGGGCCAAGCGGAGGUUUUGGUCGAUUAUAAGGGACAGCGGAAAGUCCUGCCAAUCAUCGUGGUACCAGGAGAGAAGCCAGCACUCCUAGGCCACGACUGGAUUGCGAACCUCGGAAUGGACCUAAACAGCAUUCUCGAGGUGCACGCACAACCGUCUGUCGACAGCAUCCUGUCAAGGUAUGCCAGCGUUUUUUCACCUGGUUUAGGGUUGAUAAAGGGUUACCAAGCAAAACUGGUGCUUAAGGCAGGAAACAUGCCAGUCUUCUGCAAGGCGUGGUCUGUGCCGUAUGCCAUUCGUGAACCUGUCGAGCAUGAGCUAGGCAACUUGCAAAAAGAGGGCGUACUAGUGCCCGUAACCCGCAGCGACUGGGCCAUGCCUCUGGUAGCUGUUCACAAGCCAGACGGCACAGUACGAUUGUGUGGAGACUAUAAAUUGACGGUGAAUCCAUGUGUGAAGACCGACCAUUACCCACUGCCCGCGGUGGAGGAUUUGUUCACGACACUGGCUGGGGGUAAGGUUUUCACCGUUCUGGACCUUUCGACGGCAUAUCAGCAAAUCGAAGUGCACCCUGACUCGCGACCUUUGGUGACUAUAAACUCUCACAUGGCGUUGUUCCAGUAUGUUCGAAUGCCGUACGGAAUCUCAAGUGCGCUUGCAGUUUUCCAAGCAAUCAUGAACGAGCUGUUGAAAGGACUACCGGUAGUGGUAUGCUACCUCGACGACGUCCUCAUCACGGGAGCAUCGCAGACCGAAUGUCUGGCCCGGGUGGAAGCAGUCUUGCAGGUUUUCAUAGACCACGGCGUAAAAGUGAGAAAGGAAAAAUGCAAGCUUUUCUUGAAUUCUGUCAAAUAUCUUGGGCAUAUCAUUGACGAAAAUGGUGUGCACCCGUGCGUCGAGAAGUUUGAAGCCAUAAGGGAAGCACCCACACCUAAGAACAUCGGUGAGCCUAAAGCGUACCUCGGCAUGAUAACUUUUUACUCCAAGUUCAUGCCAAACAUGUCUUCGAGGCUAAAGCCUUUGUAUGCACUGCUUCAGAAGGAUAAGAAGUGGGUCUGCUCCGCAAAAGAAGAAAAAGCCUUCGAGUAG